AUGACAGCCCCAAAUCCUCAAUCCACCCGCAAAGACCCCUCCGGCAACAAACUUAGUACUGGGUAUGCGACUGAUCAGUCAGAAACUCAGAAUCACCGCCGCUCUUCACGUGCAUCGUCACUAGUUGUUGCGCCAAACAUGGUGGCUGUUUCAUCUGACUCGCGGCUCAAAUUGACUCGUCCCGGCACCCAAAAACAAUCCGCAGCGGCAGAGGAUUCAGCGGAUUCAGGUCAAUCCAUUGAGAUUGAAGCUCAGUCUGAGGCAGAACCAGUGAGUGACUCUGAACCAGUCGCCGCAGCUAAAAAAACAACCAAGCCAAAGAAGAAGAAGAAAAAAGUGUCGACAAUUCCUGAAAAGAAGACAAACACGUCUUCAGCCUCCAAAAAAAAAGUGAAUUCUAAGAAGACUGAAACCACGGACCAUGAUUUUGACCAGGAUACUGAUGAAGGCUCAGUAGUCGUACGCUUGCAAGGAGGCAAAGCUAGGAAGGACAACAUCGCAAACAUAUUGUAA